UGUUAAGUUGGCAUAUACUUUUAUUCGUCAUGUAGAUUUUCACUGGUUUGAUUUUUCUGCCAGGACUUAAAAGCCUCUGUUUGGAUUAAAACAUAGAAGCCAAGACUCAGCGAGAAAAUGGAUCAAGUGCUAAGAGGGGUUGUUCUGGGUUCCCAGUUCUCUGAAAAAGCAUCAGUGAUUAACAGUAUUUUUGGUAAUGAAGUUGAGUUGGACAGAUUCUUUAUACAGUCUGUGAGGAGAGAAGGUGAAGUGAAUGGGAGAAAGAUCACUCUGAUUAACACAACCUGCUGGUGGAAGGAGUACAGUUUGAAGGAUUUGCCAGAAGUUGUCAGACAGGAACUGGUGUGCAGUGUCUUCCUGUGUCCACCAGGACCUCAUGUUUUUCUGCUGGUCAUUGAUCUCAGUUUGCCUUUUACUCAAGAGCACAGAAUCAGUAUUGAGGAACAUCUUGGUCUUUUUGGAGAGAGAAUCUGGUCAUAUGUCAUAGUGCUCUUUACACGAACAGUUUCACUGAAAGAUGAAUCCAUUGAGCAGCACAUACAGCGUCAAGGAGAAGAUCUGCAACAGAUCAUCCAGAGAUGUGGAGACAGAUACCACAUAUUUGAUAUUGUAAAUAAAGGUAAUGGAGUUGAAGAACUGCUUGUCAAGAUUGAUAGUGUUGUGACUGUAAACAAUGGCAAACACUUUGAAACUGAUGAUGAAAAACUACUUGAGAUGAAGAAAAAGAGAGAAGACAUCAGAGAGACAGCAAAAGCCAGACAAACAAUGGUGCAGGAAAAAACAGAACAGCUUAAAGUAAAAGUUAAAGAGGAUGAAUCAAAUAAAUCUGAAUCACAGAUCAACAGUCAUCAAAAGGAGAUCAAGCCAGUUGAUGAAAAACUCAUGAAUAAGAUCGAGAGAGAAGGAAGCAGGUGGGAAUCUAUAAUAAUGGAGGGGUUCUGGAGGAUUUUGCAGAAUUCUAAAGCAUCAAGCGAUGAAAAUGUGAUCCAAAGAUCAGGUGAGGUGUGGAGGUGGAUUCAGAGUUGUGAGAAACACAGCACAUCUGGAUAUGAAUCGUUGUCCUAUCUCAGUGAUCUAGCAGAAGAUCCACAGAAUACACAUCAUAUCGAAGAAUAAUACCUUCAAAAUUCAGAAUUAAAUCACAUUAUCCAUAGCUGAAUCAUUAAAUGAUCCUUAUGUGUAAAAAUAAUAUUUCUAAAGUUUCAAACUAUUUGAUUAUGAGAUACUAACGUACUUGUAAAGCCUGUGGGACAGCCUCCCACCACAUGAUUUUAACUGUGUUCAUUGUGGAAUAAUUCAUUAUUUUAUCCAUUUACAUUAUUUAUUUGCAGGUUUGCAUUGAUUUGCUGGUUUUAGCAGAGUGUGCAUUAAUUAUUAAGUUUUAAAGGGGUCAUGACAUACUAUUUUUUAAUCAUUUUAUUAUCUUCCUUGAGGUCCACUUAUAAUGUUAGUAUAGUUUUUUUUUGUUGUUGUUGUUGUUUUUUUAUUUGUACCAAACAGUCAUAACUCAGCCAUAUAUAAUAAUUUUCCACCCUAUCUCUGGCCCUCUCUCUGAAAUGCUCGGUUUCAAUCUGUCUGGCCCUAUAGGACUUCAAUGUAAACGCCCACUGUUGUGAUUGGCUAACAUCGUGCAGCACUUCCAAUACAGCCAUUUCUUAAACGUAAGCCGAAGAAGAUGAACACAACAUUAAAGCUACAUUUUAGUUGUUUUAUCUGUCCAUUAUAUGUAUCUUUCAUUUGAACUCUUAUUCAUUUUCAUUUAUAUUUGUAUAAUUUAAGAAUGAAGGCAAACAGAUCAUUUUAUUGAAGUGGCAAAUUCUAAAAGCAAAGGCAGAACAUUUUCAUAUUUAAAGACCCCCUCCAGUUAAAAUCAAGUUUUUAACCUUGUUUACAUGUCCAUAUGAUGUUUUUUAUAUGCUAGAAGACAUACCAUGAGUGAAAUCAGCAGUCAACGCCAUGGCUGAGCAUUUUCGCUUUGGAAUUGCAGUGUACCAAAGACAGUCUCAAAAACACAUCACAAACCUAAGGAACCAAUCCUAUCAAUUUGCGGGGUGGGGCUUUCUGUAUCAAUAGGAUAUGCUAUGGCAAAGCAAGGGGUAUCAGGAGAACCCAAGUGUAGCUACGUAUCGGUAUUUUGCAAGACAUGUUCUGUUUUCGGAUGCAAAGUUGCGAAAGGACAAAUGGUGAGCCUUCGUGUAUUACCAAAGGAUCUGAAAAUCCUAGAUAAAUGGGUGCUGUUUAUUUGGAAAAAUCGUAAUGUCCCAGCAAAACUUUCAGAGAAAACUCGGGUUUGCAGUUGUCAUUUUUCAGAGAACAGUUUUCAAAAUUUUACCAAAAACAGAUGAGUUUCGCCACUAAACUUAAACUGAAGCCCAAUGCGGUUCCAUCAAUUUAUCCUGGGGACAGAGCAAGCCCAAGCUGCAGGCGAGAGGUGCAGGGGUGAGUGGAGAUGGAGAUGGAGGUGGGGACUACUACUAUGUAGAGUUAUAUAUAAGCCAUUUUAAGGCAUGAAGGGAUUAUUUUCAUGGAAAAAAAAAAAAACUUUUAAAUAUAUCAUUUUGAUUAAGAAAGAUGAGUUUUUGGGGGUUAAACCAGUGACUGGAGAGGGACUUUAAGACAGCUGCCACUAGAAUGGAUGGCAUAGUCUUAAAAUAGAUGGGUAGAGUUUGGAGCAGGUGGACAAAGUUCUGUGGAGCGGAGUGGGUACUGCUUUAGGACCAGGAACCGUCUAGCUUUUAGACUGUUUUUAUAUAAAUUAGGGCUGGGAAAUUUAACGCGUUAAUUUCUGUGAUUAAUAGAUGACUGUUUAAUGCAUAAAAAAAAUAAAUGUGUUUAUUUUUUCACUUCCCAAAACUUCACUAUUUUCUCCCCACUUUUAAUUACAGCAUGUUCACUGAUUUCAUGGCAUGUAUGUAUAUACUUGACCCAAAGAUGUAUACUUGUAAAAAAUGUGUCUAAUUAAUUCUAUCUGCAAAAAAAAAAACCAUCUGAACAUUUUAACAUGUAUUAAAAUACAUGAUAACUGAUGACUAACCAAUGUCUUGCAAGUUCUUUGAGACAAAGUAUAAAGUAAAUAUAUUUAUGAUAAUAUUUUAAUGUUUGCUUUAUCACGAUUAAUCACAAAAAACUUUACAGACCAAGUGUGCGUGUAAGAGUAGUGUUAUGAAGUUUAUGCUUUUUUCACACUGUUUAUCACACUGAAUAACACAAAACUCUCUGUAAAUUUGCUUUUGUAUGGCUAUUUGAUAAAAGCAUUUGACUUGAUGCUUGUUACAGCAAAUUUUAAAGUUAUAUCAAUCUGUAGUCUUGCCGAAAUUUUGCAGGUUAUUUCUUGUGAAGUUCUUUGAUAAGUUUAACAAGUAACUUAUCAUUAUAGAAUCAAUAAAGUUGAUUUAAGCAAA